AUGGCUACCCCUAGUGUCCUAGCUUUUGACGCUGAGGGUCGAGCCAUUGACUUUGAGGUCUGGGUAGACGACCUGCAGUUGUUUUUACAGUGCGAUAGGGUAGACGGCCUCUCUCUCUUUGACCUCACUUCUGGCGCCUCUCCUGCCCCUGCUGCUGAUGCUGAUCCCACUGUGCGCUCUCAGUGGGCCACCCGCGAUGCUGCUGCACGUCUUGUUGUGCGUCGCCACCUCCCUACCUCUGAGCGCGCGCACUUUAGUCAGUACAAGAGUGCUCAGACCUUGUACGACGCUGUAGUUGCGCGCUACUCCUCCCCUGCCACUGCUGCACUGAGCCGUCUCAUGCUUCCCUACCUCUUUCCUGACCUCUCUGCCUUUCCCACUGUCGCUGACCUCAUUACGCACCUCCGCACUAGUGACACUCGCUACCGAGCUGCCCUUCCUGCUGAGUUCUGCGCUAAGAAAACCCCCCCCAUGUACAUCACUCUCUACUACGUAGUCGCGCGCCUCCCUGACUCCCUUCGCGUAGUCAGGGACCACUUUCUCGCAGUCUGUCCCACCACCCUCACCGUCGACCUCCUCGAGAAGGCCCUCCUCGCGGCGGAGAAGAGCAUUGUCGCUGUAGGAGCUUCUCGUGGUGACCCUCGCACCCCCAUCUUUGAGGGGUGCUCUCCUUCCCCCCUGCUGCCCUCUGUUGCCUCUGCUGCUGCUGCCGACCUGCUUGGUCUUGAGUCGGUCGGCGCGGCGUCUGCCCCCAGUGGGAGACGCCGCUCUGGCAAGGGCAAGGGGGGCAAGGGCGCGGGUGGAGCUGGAGGGGGCGGUGGAGGUGGCGGUGGAGGCGGCGGAGGGAGUGGGGGUGGCGGCGGGAGUGGUGGCGGGGGUGGUGGUGGUGGUGGCAGCGGUGGCGGAGGCGGCGGUGGUGGCGGCAGCGGUGGUGGUGGUGGCAGCGGUGGAGGUGGAGGCGGCGGAGGAGGCGGAGGAGGAGGCGGUGGUGGCGGAGGGGGUGGUGCUGGUCGGGGUGGUACCCAGCAGCGGAGCGGCGGUGGUGGUGGUCAGCGCCCGCAGCAGCAGCAGCAGCAGCGUUCGCGGGACAUCCCUCCGCCCCAGCAGCUUCGUGAGUGGCACACUCGGCGUCAGAGGGGUGGGGGUGCAGGUCCGUGUGCCUACGUCCUUCGUUCCGGCGACCGCGCGGCGAUCUUUGAUCUUGACUAUGAUGCUAUCCUUGCUGCUAUGUAUGCUGUGACUAUUAGUGAGGAGGGUGACUGUUACCGGUGUUUCCCGCCCGACCCGGGCAUUGGUACUGCUGCGCUAGGUGCUUGUGAGGCUGCUGCUCUAGGUGCCAGUGCGUCUGCGCUCUCAGGUACUGGUGAGACUGCGCUCUCAGGUACUGCGUCGCCUUCGUCCUCCCUCACUUUCACACUUGACUUCGGGGCUUCUCGCUCCUUCUUUCGAGACCGCACCACCCUCACGCCGCUUGGCCGGCCGGUUGCGGUCUCCCUGGCUGACCCCUCUGGGGGUCCUGUCCUCUCUCACUUCUCCACUGUCCUCCCGUGUCCGGCUGCCCCUUCGGGCACCCUGUCUGGUCUGUACCUUCCCUCGUUCUCUACGAACUUGGUGAGUGGUGCGGACCUGCAGGAUGCGGUGGUUCACCAGUUCACUCCUGCGAGUCAGCGGGUGACCCACUGCACGGACGCACGCACAGGCCGACACCUGGCCACGUUCUCGCGUCAGGUGCUUGCUGCUGCGUCCCGGUCAGGUCCUGAGUCUGCCCCCUGUUCUUGUCGCCUCCUGUCUCACGAGACUCUCCUGUGGCACCACCGUCUUGGCCACCCCUCCUUGCCCCGUCUUCGGAGCAUGGCUUCCCGUGUCCUUGUCUCUGGUCUUCCCCAGUCCAUCCCUCCCCUUCCCUCCGGGCCAGGACCUUCCUGUGUCCCCUGUGUCGAGGGGCGCCUCCGGGCUGCUCCUCACUCCUCCCACUUCCCCCCGACAGAGGCUCCUCUACAGACGCUUCACAUGGACGUGUGGGGCCCAGCCCCCGUCCGUGGGCAAGGUCACGAGCGCUACUUCCUGUUGGUGGUUGACGACUACUCGCGUUACACCACAGUCCUCCCCUUGCGCAGCAAGGGUGCUGUCACUGAGGUGCUGAUCGACUGGAUCCGCGAGGCUCGUCUCCAGCUCAGGAGGAGCUUCGGCUCGGACUUUCCUGUUCUGCGUCUGCACUCGGACAGAGGCGGAGAGUUCUCCUCUCGCCUUCUGCGAGACUACUGUCAUGCACGGGGGAUCCGCCAGACCUUCACGCUUCCGGACUCUCCACAGCAAAAUGGGAUUGCUGAGCGCCGCAUUGGCAUGGUCAUGGAUGUCGCUCGUACGUCCAUGAUGCAUGCGGCUGCCCCCCAUUUUCUGUGGCCGUUUGCGGUGAGGUACGCGGCGCAUCAGCUCAACCUUCACCCCCGGGUCUCUCGGCCUGCGAUGUCCCCAGUCUUGCUGUGGACGGGGAAGGUUGGCGAUGCGUCGGCGUUCCGUGUCUGGGGAUCUCGGGCGUUUGUCCGAGACUUGUCUGCGGACAAGCUGUCCCCUCGUGCUGCUCCCUGUGUCUUCCUUGGCUUCCCCCCUGACGCUCCAGGGUGGCAGUUUUACCACCCCUCCUCUCGUCGUGUUCUAUCCUCCCAGGACGUCACGUUCGACGAGUCAGUCCCCUUCUACCGCCUCUUCCCCUACCGCACUCCUUCCCUCCCCCCGCCGCCGGACUUCCUUGUGCCGGUUCCCCCCCCGGUAGACCCCCUCCCCCCUCAGGUUCCUGCCCCCUCAGGUGUGUCCCAGGUAGACGCAGUAGACCCGAUCGAGGUUACUGGUGACUCUGGUGCUGCUGCGGGUGCUGAGCCUGGGGGUGCUGACUCUGGGGGUGCUGUGCGCGGGGGUGCCGAGCCUGGAGGUGCUACUACUGGGGGUGCUGAGCCUGGGGAUGCUGGGCCUGGGGGUGCUACUGCGGAGGGUGCUGAGCCUGGGGGUGCUGAGCUGGGGGGUGCUGUGCUGGGAGCUGCUGAGCCUGGGGGUGCUAAGUCUGGAGCUGCUGAGCCUGGGGGUGCUGCGUCUGGAGCUGCUGAGCCUGGGGUUUCUCCUGGUGCUGCGUCUCGGCGGGAGCCCCUCUCUCCACAGGAGCUACGUGAGUGGUUUGCUCGCCGUUGGAGGCGUGCUGCUGGAGCUGGAGCUUCUUCGACCGUCGAGGGUGCUGGUGCUGCUGGUCCCGGAGCUGCUGGGCCUGCGGGUCCUACUGGAGCUGGCGCCGCUGGGGGUGUUGGUGCUGAGACUACCGCUGUCUGUCCUGGCGGUGGUUCUGCUGCUGGUGCUGCUAGAGGUCCUACCGCUGAGGGCGCUGGUGCUGUCCCUGCUGAGCCUGGAGCUGCCGCGCGGCCUCGGCCGUACUUCGUUCCGCUCCUGCAGCAGGUUCUUGGUCUUUCUCCUGUGGUAGAGUGUCCACAGCCUGUCCAGUCGCAGCCACGGUUGGAGCCUUCCUCCCCACUACCUGCCCCCUCUCCUUACACUGGUCCUACUGGAGGUCUUGCUGAGCGUCGUGAGCCUGCGUCUCGUCCCGCGUCGCCUGUUCGUGCUGCUCGCGCUAGUGGUCACCGUUCGCGUCAGCGUCCUCCUCCUGUCCCUGGCACGCACCGGAUGUCUCUGCGUCCGUCCACUGCUCCUCUGCGUGCCCCUUUGCCUUCUCCUCCUGAGUCCUCUCUUCCUUCGCUUGCCGACCCUGAGUCGGACUCCCUUCGUGCUGCCAGUCCUACUCUCGUCGACUUUGCUGCUCGCUGUCGUCUAGACUACGCUGCUAGUCUUGUUGCUGAGUCUGCGUCUGUCUGUCCUCCGUCCGUCGGGGGUGAGUGUGCUCUUGGCACGGACGUCCUAGAGGACAGGCAGGAGGAGUUACAGUGUCUGGCUGCUGCUUCACCUCAUCUCGCAUCUGUACUGCUUGCUCCUGAGGGAGACCCGGAUGCACUAGACAUCCCGACUCCGCGCUCUUACGCGGAGGCCGUAGAGGGUCCCUACUCCUCUCAGUGGCAGGCAGCUAUGGAUGCAGAGAUGGCUUCCUGGAAGUCCACAGGCACCUACGUUGACGCGGUUCCCCCUCCUGGGGCGAACAUCGUCAGUGGCAUGUGGAUCUUCAGGGUGAAGCGGCCGCCGGGCUCUCCACCUGUCUUCAAGGCGCGGUACGUCGCUCGUGGCUUCAGUCAGCGGCAGGGAGUUGACUACUUUCAGACCUUCUCUCCCACCCCAAAGAUGACCACUCUUCGGGUGCUGCUGCACAUAGCCGCUCAGCGCGACUACGAGCUUAACUCUCUCGACUUCAGCACUGCGUUCUUGCAGGGUAGCCUGCACGAGGAGAUCUGGCUGCGCCGUCCACCUGGCUUCACUGGGACUUUCCCUCCUGGCACCCAGUGGAGCCUCCGACGGCCAGUCUACGGUCUCCGCCAGGCACCGCGUGAGUGGCACGACACACUGAGGACUACGCUUGCGGCUCUUGGGUUUGCUCCUUCUACUGCUGACCCGUCGCUGUUUCUGCGCACCGACACUUCACUGCCGCCGUUCUACAUCCUCGUGUACGUCGACGACUUGGUCUUUGCCACAGCGGACACUGCUGGACUCGCCUACGUGAAGUCCGAGCUGCUGAAGAGACACACGUGCACAGACCUGGGUGAACUGCGCAGCUACCUUGGCUUGCAGAUCACUCGGGACAGAGCACGCCGCACCAUUACCUUGACUCAGUCACACAUGGUGCAGCAGGUCCUUCAGCGCUUCGGCUUCACGUACUCCUCGCCUCAGGCCACUCCUCUGUCUACUCGCCACUCACUCUCAGCUCUGCCUUCGGAUGAGUCCGUAGAGUCGAGUGGCCCGUACCCAGAGCUUGUUGGCUGCCUCAUGUACCUGAUGACCUGCACACGACCUGACGUUGCAUACCCUCUGAGCAUUCUUGCACGCUAUGUUGCCCCUAGGAGACACCGACCAGAGCACAUGGCUGCAGCGAAGAGGGUAUUGCGCUACCUGUGCAGUACGUCGGGCAUGGGGCUAGUGCUUGGAGGGCGGAGUCCAGUGGUCCUUACAGGUCACGCGGACGCUUCUUGGGCUGAAGACCAGGCUACGCAGCGGUCGUCACAGGGUUACACCUUCAGCCUUGGUUCCGGCUCUGUCUCGUGGCGGGCUACUCGUUCGUCUUCGGUUCUCAGCUCCAGUUGUGAGGCUGAGAUCUACGCCGGGGCCAUGGCUGCACAGGAGCUUCGCUGGCUCACCUACCUGCUGACUGACCUUGGAGAGCCGCCUCAUUCUCCUCCAGUGCUGUACGUAGACAACAAGGCCAUGCUGGCCUUGUGUCGAGAGCAGCGUCUGGAGCACAGAACGAAGCACAUUGCUCUUCGCUACUUCCUUGCCCGUGAGCUACAGCAGCGUGGACAGUUGCGGCUUGCGUACGUGGCCUCUGAGGCCAACACUGCUGAUGUGUUCACCAAGGCACUCGCGCCUUGUGACCAUCAGCGCUUCUGCACCCAGCUGGGUCUUGUGCCUGUUUUGCCUCACUUGCUCUCCUCUUGA